UUGUUAGUAGGUGCUCGGUAUUCGUGCUGGCCGUCGAAGAAUGGUAUCUGGAGGAACUCGCGGCCACGUAACAGCGCAAAGUUAUUUAUCUCGGGUGAACUGCGGUACAGUUUUGGCGCGUGAAGGUUCAGUGAAUUUAAAAAUUAUUUUUGAUUAGCUUUGUGCAUGCCUGCAGAAUAAGUGAACACACUAUUAUUACCAUUAAUGUGACCUUGUUGGAUUGUUGGAUUAUUUACUGCCGCUUGAACUUGGUGGAUUAUCGACAUUUAUUCACAAAAGGGAGAAUUUAAAAUUUAAAGAACUGAAUGAGGUGUAAAAAGAUGUAGGCGGAUUAUUUCCUAAUAUCGUUCAAACACCGAGACUAUGCCUCCGUAAAUUAACGAUGUGAGGUGAUACCAGCUACCACAAUGGAGGAGGAGGGCGAGCUGCGCAAUGGCGCUGAUGGCUUAGGCUACCUUUUGGUGCGCAUCCACGUACCAGAGCUCAGCGUGCAGAAAUGUCUGCAAUUCCCUCGAGAUCAGCUCGUUUGGGACGUUAAGCAACAAUGUCUAGCCGCCCUGCCCAAGGUGGCAAGUUGGUUUCGGGAACUUAAAGAAAGUUUCAACUAUGGAUUGUUUUUCCCACCGGAGAAUGGCAGGGCUGGAAAGUUUCUGGAUGAGGAACGACGCCUUGGAGACUAUCCAUUUAAUGGACCUGUGGGCUAUCUUGAGCUCAAGUAUAAGAGAAGAGUGUAUAAAAUCGUCACGUUGGAUGAAAAACAGUUGAAGAGUUUACACACAAGGGCCAAUCUGAGGAGGUUUUUGGAUUAUGUUCAAAAUGGCCAGAUGGAAAAAGUUACGAAAAUGUGCUCAAAGGGUUUGGAUCCGAAUUUUCAUUGUCAGGAGUCAGGAGAAACACCAUUAACCAUUGCCACGGGCAUCAAAAAGCCGGCAAAAGUUAUCAUGGCUUUAGUGAACGGUGGAGCAAUUCUAGAUUAUAGAACCAAAGAUGGUUCCACAGCGCUACACCGGGCCGUGGAACACAAGAGUUUGGAAUCUCUUAAAACGUUGUUGGAAUUAGGAGCUUCGCCUAAUUACAAGGAUAAUAAGGGGCUGACUCCUCUGUAUUUUACAGUUCAUCCGAACGUGGAUCCCGUCUUUUCGGAGACUUUGCUGCACGAUCAUGCAACUACUGGUGCUGCUGAUACCCAGGGAUGGCAAGAAGUCCAUCAGGCAUGUAAACAUGGGCUGUUGAAGCACUUGGAACAUUUGCUGUUUUAUGGCGCUGAUAUGAACGCGCACAAUGCAUCAGGUAACACGCCGUUGCAUGUGUGUGCUGUGAACGGACAAGAAUCUUGCGCACGCCAGCUACUCUUUCGUGGCGCUGACCGACAGGCGCUGAAUUAUGCCAAUCAGACGCCCUGCCAAGUUGCUGUGAUAGCCGGGAACAUGGAAUUGGCUGAACUGAUUCAGAAUUACCGUCAGGAAGAUGUUGUCCCAUUCCGUGCCACCCCCAGCUACAACCCCAAAAGACGGAGCGCUAUAGGAUUGCUGACCAGAGCGCCCUCACUAAGUACCCUUAAUCGACCCCCGUCCCCCUGUCCUAGCGACCGAUCCUCCCUCCCCUUCAGCUCAGCGAGCUCGAGUCUCAGCGACGGAAGCGUGCCCCCCGAAAUGGAUACCGCCAGCAUUGUCACAGUGCUCGCACUGGGUGUUACAGACAAGAGUCUUGGAGACGCCAGCGACAUCAUCAGCGACAGCUCAGGUGUGGGUACUGCCAACUCGGACACUACAAAUUGCAGUAUCUCGAUGCCAGGCAGUACCGUCGUUUGCAUCGAAUCGUACUCACCCAAAGAUAAAGGGCACAUAGCUAUUCGAGAAGGGGAACUAAUCGAGAUCACGGGAGCAACUGAUGAUGGCUACCUGGAAGGCAAUGUGAGAAGUUCGGGAAAUCGCAAUGGCUUAUUUCCAGCUCAUUGUGUUCAAGAAGUUAAGCUGAGACACACAAUCCAGGCUCCAAUGAUGAUAGCACGGGAUGCUCGGAUGCCAGUGUCGUCUCAGCCAGGCGGGCGAGUUGUUGGACGAAGAGAAAGCACAACCAAACAGUUUGCAACUGCACCUAGAGCAAAGAAACCAUACUUAUCAUUAAGUCUGGAACCGCGUACUGUGGUUUUACAUAAGGGCCGUAAAGGAUUCGGUUUUAUUCUACGUGGUGCUAAAGCAAUGUCACCCUUAAUGGAAAUGACACCAUCAGAAAAAUGUCCUUCUCUUCAGUAUUUAGACGAUGUUGAGCCAGGUGGCGUGGCAGACAUGGCGGGACUAAAAAAAGGAGAUUUUCUACUUAAAAUUAGCAAUGAAGAUGUAUCAUCGGCCUCUCACGAGCACGUGGUCGAUUUGAUAAGAAAAUCUGGAAACCUAGUUCAGAUGACGGUUAUUACCUGGGAUCCGCCUACAGCCCAAAGCGCAAUGCACAUCAGCAGAUCCACGAAUCUACCGGGAGGAGAUUUUCCAGACAAUCCUGGUUCCAGACAGUUUUCAACUCUACCUCGAAAAUUGGGAGGAGUAACGGGUAACAUGAGCCGACCGACUCAAGCUCCGCUACCACCUAGGAGAGAUCCUAAAACCACUCUAAGUAUUGGCAGAGCCAGAGCCAAAAGUUUAGUAGCGGGUUUAGGAGGAGAUGAGACUGAUAUUACAAAAUCCAGCUCUGCCGAAUCGAUAACACCAUCUGGAACUGGAAGUUCGACUUCUGUUCAACCCAGAACCGCAUCAGUUCGACAAAGGCCCACAUCAACCAGAAUUUCGCAUAAUGCUAUCGAAGACGUGUUCCAUAAGCAUCAGGAUCUCGAUAGUACAAAUCGCAGUAGUAUUAAUAAAUAUGGAACCAUGGGUUCGCCUGGAAAAGGCCGAGUGUAUGCCAGUGUUGCCGAAAUGAAACGUAAUCGUUCGAAAGGCAAAGGAAGAUUUAUGGAUAUCUUUGGCGGCCAGGAACUUCGGCGGAACUUUCACAGCACUCCGGAUCUCGCUCAGGAACUGGCAUGCCUGAAUUCUCAAACGUUACCGAAUAGGAAAGGCCAUCGAAGUCAAGAGAAUUUAUUCACUUCAGUGGGAAUGAACCGAAAUCUUCCUCCGCCCAACCAUCCACCUCCACCACCUCCUCAAGUUCACGUACUCAAAUUCGAAAUUCCCAGGCCCAAGUCAGACAGCCUACAAAGAGAUAUGCCACCAGACAGUAUCGCUUCUUCUUUUAACCCAUCGGCAAGUGCCAAGCUGUACGCUUCACCUAAUGGUAUUCAAAGUGUUCUAUAUCGAACAAUGACCAUGGCAUCUCCAGAAUCAAGGCCCAUUCUAAGGAAAUCUCAUAGUAUGAAGCAGUCGACUACUGAAAUUCACUCGGCCAAUACACCUGGUAGUUCUGCUUCCACCUUGAAGAACCAGUGCCAGACAAAUCCGUAUGCUCAACCCUUUAGGACGUCAAGUAGGUGUAAUUCAUCAGCCAGUAACAGAGCAAAGCGAAAAAAAAUCCCCACUAGCAAAUCAGCCUCGAAUAUAGUUCAGCUAAGCUACACUGGUCCUCCGAUCACUCCGGAGCCCGAUUACAGUUGUACUGAUUCCGAAGUGGAGAGUGAUGUUGAGCCCAGGGAUGUUACUGGAUUGGCAUCCAGAUUAUCUUCCGUACAAUUGCAGCCAGUAGAAAAUAGCGGCAAUAGUAAUACAAGUGGUAGUAGUUCUGGAAGUAAUUCGGUAGCUCACAGCUUUAGUGUGGAAGAGAUCCAGAAAACCAGGCUGCAACUGAAAUCGUCCAAGUCCUACCCGGACGAUUUCUUUAAAAAGCAAAGUGAGGGCAGCGAAAAGAUGGAAGUAGUUGAAGAUGGUGAUAACAGUUCCUCGGGCGUUAGCUCUGAUCAAGAAAUUACGACCGUGUCCAGCUCUGAAUAUCACCCAAGCACAGAUUCAUCUGCUAAAACGCAAAGGCCACAAGCCAGUCUUCUAAAAAGACACGCCGUGUCUUUGGCCCAAUUGCCGCCCCCGAUCGAGAACGAAAACGACGAGAAAGAGGAAUUCUGUUUGCCGCCGCCUCCAGAAUUCAAUGAAACUCAAGCUGCGUUACUCUCAGCUGAAGAACUUGUUGUUGCGCCUCCUCCUCAAUUUAGCGACAGCCGACAAGUUACCAGGGUGCGAAUAGUCGGUGCUGUCCCAAAAGGAGUGCCCCCAAUAAAGGCUCAACCAAAAGUCAAACAAGGUCGACUUCACAGCCAAUAGACAGUAGUUAGAACAAACUAUAUUAAUAAGAUAAUACAUUAAUAAUUUUAUACUCAACGUAACCUUGAAAUUACUCUUUUAUCUCUUCUGUUAUUUAUUUCCCAUUGUAGGAUUUCCAUUUUUUUUUUAGAUCGAGUAAAAUUCUCAUUCUUUUGAAGAAUUACAAUACUGUUACUUGGUCGAAAAAAACUAUCAACUUUGUGUCCAUAUUAUUAACUAAGUUUAAUUUAAAUAUAAUAUUACACUUA